AUGAGGAAGGUCACUGACAUUCAUGAAUGGAGAGAUGCAUUGGAAAGACUGGCAGAAUCAUGUAUGGGACAAGCUGGCAUGGAAUAUGGGGUUCUGCCAAUACUCUUAAAUAGUUAUGAUCAAUUAGGAGAUACAAUGCUAAAAGGUUGUUUCUUGCAUUGCUCCCUGUAUCCUGAAGACUGUCAUAUUCCAAGAGGCGAACUGAUUGAAAAUUUCAUUUCAGAAAAGCUGGUGGAGAGAAGUAAUAGAAGCUUUAGAGCCGAGAUUGACCUAGGUCAUGCAAUACUGAAUCAAUUGGAGAGAGUCUGCUUACUGGAAAGGACUUCAAAUGGUACGGAUGUGAAGAUGCAUGUUUUGAUCAGAGACAUGGUAAUAGGGAUCGCUAAAGAUAACCCUAGAUACAUGGUAAAAGCUGGACUUCACUUAAGGGAAAUACCAGAUGUGCAAGAGUGGACAGAAGAUUUGGAUAAGGUUUCCUUGAUGGAUAACUCCAUAAAGGAAAUUUCACCUGGCACGUUUCCCAAGUGUCCUGGACUUUCAACAUUAAUUUUGAGUGGCAAUCCUUUGAAGAGGAUUCCAGAUUGUUUCUUUGCCCACAUGUGCGGUCUACGCACUCUCAAUUUGAGUCUCACUAAAAUUCAGAACUUGCCAAAUUCUAUUUCAGACUUGGAGAAUCUUAGAACAUUACUGCUGAAAUUUUGUAAUGAACUGGAAUCGAUGCCAUCCUUGGAAAAGCUCAAGGAAUUGAGACAUUUGGUCUUUAACUGUGUACAAAUGGAGGAGAUAAUAGAAGAUGACAAGAAUGAAGGAGGAAACAUUAGUAGUGCUGAUAUCACAUUUCCAAGGUUACUUACUUUGCAUCUUAGGAAUCUGCCACAACUGAAGAGCAUCUGCAAGGUGUUGAUUAGUUGUGAUUCCAUUCGGCACAUUCAUUUGGAGGGCAUUAAAAGGAUAAAGAAAGUGCCUUUAUAUCUGCAGCUUCUCGAUGGACAACCAUCUCCACCCCCAUCUCUUAUAUUAAUUUGGAUAUGUAGAGAAGAUAAAGAAUGGUGGGAAUCAUUGGAUUGGGACCAUCACAAUGCCAACAGCGUCCUUGAACACUUGAAGGUGUUUGAUCAAACUCUAUCCGCUCACAGGCUUGUAAAAGAAUGCUUAGCUAAUAUGGUUGGUUGGGAUUCAAGACAAUACCAAAGCUGGAGUUUGAUCAACAUGUUGUUCAUAACUAUACGUGAGUAUUGGAAAAACAUCAUUUUCCAUGACUGCAAGUCCCAUGCAUGA